AGAAAUUAUAAACAAGUACGCGGAGUCGGAAUUUACAGACCAGUGUUUUACAUUGAAGUAAGAGUUUAAUUGUUAGUAAAACUGCACAGUUGCGAGUGCAUUAAGUGUUGGGCUAUAAUUAGUAUAGGCCUGUAGUAUUUAGACAAGGACAAAAGUGCUAUUCGUCUAUGCAAACGGGUUAGCCGGCUGUUUAGCUAGUUGGCUAACAACCGCCUAAGUAGUUCGAUCAGUUAAGAUCAAGGAAUUUGCAUCCGUUUUCCUGUAGGUAAAAAACAACAUAUUCAAACGCGAUAACGUGCGCUCACUGAUAUCUAAAAUGAGUUCAACAUCGGACAGCGGUAUUAAACCGUCCGAGUCUAAUAAGAGAGCCGCAAGCCCACAGGAGCAAUCAGACUCCCCGCCGUCAAAACAGUCUAAAGUGGACGAUCAGAACGAUGAACAGAUCGAUUCGUGUGAGCACACUGAAAAAGAUGCAGAUGGAAUAAAAAGUAAAGUUCCAACAGGAUCAGAUAAUAAUGCUGCUCCCGAAAAGAGCGCGAAUGGUGCAGACAGCGCGAGUGAGCCAGACAGCUGCGGUGAACGCGCAGUAACAGAUAAAGACUCGGCUGGAGGAGCCGCGAUGGCUGCAGCUGAAGUGCUCGCGAGUCUGACCGGCGGCGGGAAUCACGAUACCGAGACACCGUGCUCGUCCAGACAAGCCAUCGAAGAGAACCUAGCCGACCAGUGGAACCGUUCAGAUCGUCCAGGGCUAGAACAGGCUGACAGCUCAUCGGGCGCACCGAGACGCGGCACAGUGCGGGUACGGCAGCGGGUGCGCGCUCGCCGAGCAGAGGAGGAGGAAGAAGAGGAGGAAGAAGACUCUCUGUCCUUGUCCUCAUCCACAGCCAGCUCUAACGAUGAUGAUGGUGAGCAGCGAGAUGACGGUGAGUGCUCUAUCGUGGCGGUGCAAAUGGCCCCCGAGCUGCGGCGAUCGGUGGCGAUGCUUGCGCAUGUGCAGAUGCGACUGGAAGCGUUAGAGAGGAAAGGUGCGCGUCUACACCGGCGCAUCGAGCUUAAACUGAGCCGCCAGAAGCGCCCGCACCACGAUCAGCGCGCCUCCAUCGCCCUGAGCAUCCCGGGAUUCUGGCUCACUGCUCUUCUCAACCACCCACACCUGUCAGCUCAAGUUGAUGAAAAUGAUGAAGAUGCUCUUAGCUACAUGAACAAUUUGGAGGUUGAAACUUUCAAAAACAACAAACUCGGCUACCGAAUUUCCUUUCACUUCCGUCGGAAUCCGUUCUUUCAGAACAAAGUCAUAAUGAAAGAGCUUCAUCUUGGAGGAUCCCCAGUUUCUUUUUCAAAUCCAAUUCUGUGGCAUCCUGGUGAGUCUUUAACAGGAAAUGCUGAACCAAGACGAAACUCACGGGGAGUUUAUCAGAGCUUCUUUCACUGGUUUAAUGAUCACAGCAAUCCUGGGAAGGAUGAUAUAGCCCAGAUCUUAAAGGAUGACCUGUACAAAAACCCUCUCAGGUACUACCUGACUCCACUGUGGGAACCACAAGAAAACGGCAGCAAACCCAAACCACAGCAGAACAGCAAUGGGGAUGAGUGUGUGAUCAUCUCGGACUCUGACGAUGACCAGGAACAGGAGGAACGAGAUGACAAGGGUGAUGAAGAUGACAUUCAAAUCUCAGGUUCUGAUGAAAGUGACCAAGAGGCAGUGGAGUCUUCCAAUGAGGGGCAGGAGCAAGUGGAUAUAGAGGAAGUCGAAGACUCACGUGGCUCAGGUAGUUGUGAUGACAGAAAGCAGGACCAGGAAGAUGAUGACAUCGAGGUCAAUGAAGAUGAGGUAGAAGAGGAAAACUAACAACAAUCAUAAUUAGUAAUGAGGCAUAAUUUUAUUCUUUGUGUUCUUUCUGUAAAUGACGAGUUUAUAAGGACGUUAUUAUGGCAGGUAAUAAAGUAGCUUUUUUUGUCUGAUCGCAUCAUGCCAGCAGUUUAGAGCAGAGCUGAUGAGCUAAUACAAGAUGACACAAUUUCAUACCAGUUGUAGAUGGAGAUAAAAAAAAAAAAAAAAAAUAAAAAAAAAUCUCGUGAGUAUGGUUAGUGAAAAUUGGAUUUGUUUUAAAUGCAGGUGAAAUAUACACCGAUCAGCAAUAACAUUAAAACCGGAAACCGGACCCACCAACAUGAAAAUGAAUGAAUGGUUAACUAUAUUCAGAAUUAAUCAUAUUCGUCAUAUGUUUAUAAUCUUGUUAAACUACCACAUAAUGCAAACACACUGUGUGCCUAGAAACCACUAAAUCCUUCCUUCAUUAUUAGCUUUAUUGUAUAAGAUUUGUUCUUAUGUGAGGCGCUCAGGUGGUGCAACUGCUGAGAUCUGGGGAUUGAUUUGUGGAAGUUUGAUACAUUAUGUAAAAUACCCAAAGCAAGUUCGUAAUGAGUACAUAAUUAUAUAAAAGUGUAUGAAAAUUCCAGCCCCGGUUCCUACAUCAAGGGUCAUUUGGCUAAAAAGCUAAGAUAAGGCUUUGUAAUGACAUGUGUAUUUUGCCUUUAAACAUGUAAGUAUUAUGAAAAUAACAAUAGUUUUGAAACUGUGACAUUACUUCUGUCAGCACUAGCAGUAGAUUAUUUCAGGUGGUGUUCAUGUGAUUCUGCAGCAUCAAAUAUACACAUUAAAAUCAGAACUUAAGAGUUAAAUACUAACA